UAAAUAACAUAUCUCUCUCUCUCUCUCUCUCUGUUUCUGUAUCUCUAUCUCUCUUCCCUCACAAAUUCUCUUCGUUCUCUCUCUAAAAGUUUCUCAGUUUUUUUUUUUUUUUGCAGAAAGACUUGAAAUAUGACAGUUCAUGCCCCAGUAGCUGCCAAGGGUCGGACCCUGAUCGUGGGUUCAACCGGGUUCAUCGGCCUGUUCGUGGCGGAGGCCAGCCUGGCCUCCGGCCGGCCCACCUUCCUCCUCGUCCGGCCCGGCCCUGCUUCCCCUUCCAAGGCCCUCACCAUCGCCUCCCUCGAGGAUAGAGGCGCUAUAGUCAUACCUGGUUCAAUCGGUGACGACCGAGAUUCCCUAGAGAAGGUUUUAAAGGAAUACGAAAUUGAAGUGGUAAUAUCAGCUGUGGGUGGCGGAUGCAUCUUGGACCAGUUGAUCCUCGUUGACGCCAUUAAAGGUGCCGGCACCGUUAAGCGGUUUUUGCCAUCGGAAUUUGGGCACGACAUAGACCGAGCCGAUCCGGUGGAACCCGGGCUCACAAUGUACGGCCAGAAGCGCCAAGUGAGAAGGGCCAUAGAAGCAGCUGGGAUCCCCUACACCUACAUCUGCUGCAACUCCAUCGCCGCCUGGCCCUACCACGACAACACCCAUCCUGCCGAUGUCCUCCCGCCGUUGGAUUUCUUCCAUAUCUACGGUGAUGGCUCUGUCAGAGCUUACUUUGUGGCAGGGAGUGACAUUGGGAAAUUCACAAUAAAAUGCAUAGACGAUGGUCGAACGAUGAACAAAUCAGUUCAUUUCCAACCACAGUCCAAUCUGCUAAACAUGAAUGAGCUUGCGUCUAUGUGGGAGAACAAGAUUGGACGCACUCUCCCUAGAGUUACCGUCACUGAAGAUCACCUUCUUGCGGCAGCUAAUGAGAUGAUCAUCCCAGAAAGCAUAGUUGCAUCGCUGACCCAUGACAUCUUCAUUAAGGGUUGCCAAGUAAAUUACAGCCUCGACAGAGAUUCAGAUACCGAAGUAACGUCGCUCUAUCCCGACGCCUCUUUUCGAUCCAUCGAUGAGUGCUUCGACGACUUCCUUGCCAGGGUCACCGGUGCUCCGGUGGUUGUCGUUGACAAACCAAACGGUGAUGCUACCAUGGUUACACCAAAUGCCGAAACAAAGGCAUUCGCCAUCUUCACCGCGUCCCGCGCAUGAUUUAUACGAAGGAAGUAUUCCAUAUGGAGAUCAAGAGACCAAGACAAGAAAACGAACAGAGCAAGGCAGAACUGUCCCGUUGGCAUUGUUCUUUUUAGUUCAUUGUAAGCAGCUUGCUUGUAGUUUCGUGGUUCCGUUUUGAAUGCUUUUCGUAUUUUGUUUCGAUGGCUUAGUUCAGCCGGGUUAUGCAGAUUUAGCCGGUCAUUCAUAAUUUGUUGUGACCGAUUUGAGAUGAUAUUUGGCAGCAAUUGAAGAUGAUUAAUUGUAUG